GGCUGUAUAUAAGGGAAAAAUACAGGGAUAAUGAUGCCAGAAGAAAAAGUCAGAAUGCGCAAGCAAUUAGGGUUGCUUGAAGGUGUCACCCUAAUACUAGGUAUUAUAUUUGGAAGUGGCAUCUUCAUUUCGCCCCGGGAGGUGCUGCAGAAGACCGGCUCAGUGUGGGGCUCUCUCACUGUUUGGGCCAUUUGUGGAGGACUAGCGACUCUUGGCGCCUUAUCUUAUUCUGAGUUGGGAACAACACUGGCGCAGAGCGGAGGAGACUACCACUACAUCGACGAGGCGUAUGGACCGCUGCCCGCCUUCCUGUACUUGUGGGAUGCUAUUUUCAUAUUUAUACCAAGCACUAACGCCAUCAUGGCUCUGACAUUUGCCAACAACGUGCUUCAGCCGAUAUACCAUGGUUGCACCAUAAAUCCGCUGUGCAGGAAACUCCUAGCUGCCGUCACGAUAUGUUUCCUGACGUUUAUAAACGCUUAUGACAUCAAGUUCACGACGAGGAUGCAGAACGUCUUCUCUCUCACCAUGAUAUCAUCGCUGGUGGUGAUUGUUAUGGGGGGGAUGGUUUGGAUGGCUCAAGGUAACUUAGCCUUGUUUUUCCAAAAGUACGUCGGUAAACUAGUGGAUCAUUUGACGUUAAUUUAUCACUGCCCAUAAAUCAUAAUUAUAGACAGAGAAUUUUUAGAUGAACUGCUGUAUGCAGAAGAAUUUAUUAUGGAAGUUGGAGUAUUUCACGUGAAACGGACAACGAAAAAAUGUCAGGUUCUUUAUUUUGUUAAUGAUCGGAUCAAA